UUAUACUACAACUGUCGAAUAAAAAACACACCAAAUCCCCACCAAAAAAAAUCAAAAAAACCCCACCACCUUAAUAAACCAACCAUCAAACCCGACACAUGAAUCAAAUUGGUUUUACUUUCAGCCUUUCCAGCCAUUGUUUUGUUCAUCUCACAACCUCACAUCACAUCCAAUCACCAAAAAAAUAUUUAGAGCUAAAAAAAAAAAAAAAAAAAAAAAAAGAAGAAGAAAGAAAAUGAAUGCCAUUGAUAAAACUUCCUAAAUAAAUUGGUAACGCCAAACCCCUAAAAACUCGCUUCUUCUUCUUAGUUCUUAUUGUUGUGUCUGACACACUUUGUUGUUUCUAAUCUUACAAAAAUGGUAGAGACUGUUUGGAAAGCGACAUCAAAGCCUUCACCCUUAUGUACCUUCCUGCUACUCAUUAUUCUCUGCAUUCUUGGUUUCUAUAGUUUACACUACCCAGACUCUACGGUAAUAAAUCCGAAUGCCCAAAAUGCCCUCCGCUUCCGCCAGAUAUUCCUCUCCUCUGCCUCCAACCACACCAUAGCUUCCUACCUCCGCGCCCUCACGCAGCACCCUCACCUCGCCGGAACCGCGCCCUCUUUAACUACCGUAAACUACGUCGUUUCCCACUUCAAAAACCUCAACCUCCAAACCCACACCACUCAAUACAAAACCCUACUCUCCUAUCCUACGCACUCCUCUCUGUCCGCGCAUUUUAGCAACGGGACGGUCCACGACCUGUCGUUAUCGGAUUCCUCGGACGACGACGCUGUAGUGCGACCUUAUCACGCGUACUCGCCGUCGGGGACGGCGUUCGCUAAGGCGGUGUUCGUGAAUUACGGGAGGGACGUUGACUUUCAGGCGAUUAAGGAGUUGAAUGUGAGUGUCAAAGGGUGCGUAGUGGUUGCGAGAAGAGGAGAUUUGCCUAGAGGGAUUGUGGUUCAGAAGGCGGAGGAGAAUGGAGCUGUGGCGGUGCUGUUGUACACCGAGGGCGAGGAGGUGAAAGGGUUCGAGAGAGGGACUGUGAUGAGUGGCGUUGGGGACCCACUGAGUCCUGGCUGGGCUGCAGUCGAUGAUAGUGAGAGUUUGGAGAUGGAAGACGCUCGAGUCUUGAAAAGAUUUCCCAAAAUUCCAUCCAUGCCCUUGUCGGUUCGGGCAGCUCGGCUCAUAUUGGACUCACUCGGUGGCGCUCCGCCGCCGGAAAAAUGGCGGGUUGACCUCCGGGGGGUCGGGCCGGGCCCGACAACCUUGAACUUCACUUACCAGGGGGAGAAAAAGGUAGCGACUAUUCAUAAUGUUUUUGCUGUCAUAAGGGGUUCGGAAGAGCCUGAUCGCUAUGUGCUGCUUGGAAAUCAUAGAGAUGCAUGGACGUAUGGUGCUGUUGACCCCAACAGUGGAACUGCAGCGCUGCUUGACAUUGCUCGCCGAUAUGCUCUUAUGAUUCGCUUGGGGUGGCAGCCUCGAAGGACAAUAAUUCUCUGCAGUUGGGAUGCGGAAGAGUUUGGGAUGAUAGGAUCAACUGAGUGGGUUGAACAGAACCUUGUGAAUCUGGGCUCCAAAGCAGUAGCCUACCUUAAUGUAGAUUGUGCGGUUCAAGGUCCGGGUUUCUUUGUUGGUGCUACGCCUCAGUUGGACAGUCUACUUCUUGAGGUCACAAAGAAGGUAAAGGAUCCUGAUUCAGAGGGUUUGACAGUCUAUGAGAAGUGGGCUGCCACAAAUGCAGGCACGAAUAUCCAAAGACUUGGUGGAGUGGAUUCUGAUUUUGCUCCAUUUGUGCAACAUGCAGGGGUUCCUUCUAUUGAUAUAUACUAUGGAAGAGGUUUUCCAGUCUAUCACACUGCUUUUGACUCCUAUGUGUGGAUGACAAAUAAUGGAGAUCCGUUGUUUCAUCGGCAUGUGGCUGUUGCAGGAAUUUGGGGUCUUCUAGCCCUUCACCUGGCUGAUGAUUCCAUUCUACCAUUCAAUUACCUAUCUUAUGCUGAACAAUUGCAGAGGUAUAAAGGUAUCUUGAGCAACUUGUUGCAUGAGAAUGUAUCCCUGCAUCCUCUAACAACAUCAAUUCAAGAACUUGUCUCUGCAGCUAAAGAAGCUGAGGAUGAAGCAAAGAUACUGAGACAGCAAGAAACUACUGGUGAUUCUGUAGUGUUGAAAAAGCGAGCACUGAAUGAUCGGUUGAUGCUUGCUGAAAGAGGGUUUUUGGAUGUGGAUGGGCUUCAAGGAAGGCAGUGGUUUAAGCAUCUCAUUUAUGGGCCCCCGGGUGACCAUGAAAGCAAGUUGGAUUUCUUCCCUGGGGUAGCAGAUGCUAUUUCCCAAUCUGCAAGAAUGAGUCGAAAAGAAAUCCAAGCGGCAAUUCAGCAUGAGAUCUGGAGGGUUUCCAGAGCAAUUCAAAGAGCUGCCAGAGCUCUUAAAGGGGAACUUACCUGAACAAGUUGCAGGAAAACUCACAAAAACUCAUAUACAUGGAGAGAGCGACUGCGAUAUCUGCUAACUUGUAUAUAUGAGUACUAAUCUCUCCUUUCCUGUUUCUAUACAUCUGGUUUUUGUUAGUUGUAAUUAAAUUCUGUGAAAUGGACAGUUCGUUUUAUGCCUCUUGUAAAUAUGGUUUGCAGAGCGUAAAGCCUAGUACAAA